AUGGAAUCGAUCACGAAGAAAAUUUACACAGAUCUCUUUCGGUCAUCAACACCAGUAUCAAAUACCGUUAUUCUCCCUGGAGAAAUACACCUUGGAUUCUACCUGUUGGAGUACGCGACACACCACACCAUGACGGCAGCCACGACUACGGGACCGGACCACGUUUCGGCCGACCUCUUACGAGCUGGAGAACAUCGCCUUCACGAGAUACUUGCGGAACAUCUAACAUCUUACCUUCAAGAGAUAAGGAUACCCGACCAGUAG